GGAACGUAUGGAGACGAAACCAUUGGCGUUCCGAAAUGUCCCUCUUCCCCGGGGGAGGGGGCGGGAGUGCAGUUUUUAAAGAGACAGGCCGACAUUUCCCCUUCCGAACCUGAGCAGAGUAGCUGAAGGUUGCGGAAACCGGGGGAAGCUGCGUGCAUUGGGCCAAAGCAGGAAGGCAAAAAGCGGGGAGCGGGAGUCUCCGAGUCCGUCGCGAGGACAAGAAAGAGUAGGCGGAAUACGAGGGGCUCCUGCACCGGGUGGGCGCUGCGUUGUCCGAGCGUUGCAUCGGAUCCCGGGGCUGGAGCGGGGCUUGCAAAGAGGUUCCGCUGCCGAGCAACAGCUGGCCGCGAGAUGAAGCAAGAAAACAUCUUCCUCUUCGUCCCCAACCUCAUCGGCACCCGCUUUGGCGCCAUGCUGGACAUGUUGACGGACCGCUGCGCCACCAUGUGCCUGCUGGUGAACCUCGCUAUGCUCUACCCUGAAUCUGCCCUUUGGUUCCAACUCAGCAUGAGCCUUGACGUUGCCUCCCAUUGGCUCCAUCUCCACAGCACCGUGGUAAAAGGUGGGGAGAGCCACAAGACCAUCGAUUUGUCAGGGAAUCCAAUCCUGCGGGUGUAUUACAGCUCCCGGACUGUCCUCUUCAUCAUGUGCGCUGGGAACGAGCUCUUCUACUGUAUGCUGUAUUUGCUGUGUUUUGGGGAAGGACCAGAAAUCCUGCCCGGACAGGCUGGUCUCUACCGCCUAGUCCUGUGGGUUUCUGCCCCCAUCGCCAUCGCCAAGAGCCUCAUCAGCCUGGUCCACCUGAUCUGCGCCUCGUGCAAUAUGGCUGCUCUGGACGUCGCGGAACGCGCCAAGAGGAAGAAGUAGCAUCGAAAGACCCCAGCGGAGGGGCAGAAGCAUCACUCCCCUUCAUGCUUGCAGUGGGACCAGCUCACCAUCCCUCGCCCUGACGGGGUUAGCCACCCCAUGUGCACAGCUCUUGCUUGAUGCGAUGACCCCACCUUCCCACGAAUGUAUAGGAUGAUAGGAACACGUCCUGCUCCUCCCGGCUCCCUCCUGCAUUCCCCAUGAUGCUUUGCACUUAGGAGAAGAUUGGCUGGUAGGGAGGAAUAUUGACUUUGCCUGUGGGCUGAAAAGGAGGGAUUCGAUCGACCAUUUUGAGGGCAGCUAAAUAGACCUCCGUUUGGGGCUUUUUGGUUCCGUGCUUCAAAACUUGCUGUAUACUUGGGCGGGGUGGGACAAAAUUCAGCCACAAGAGAAGUACCUUUUCAUUUCCCAAAAGUGCAUGGGAGUAUUGCUCUUGAGUUAGGAGGCCAUAUCGUUCCCAAAAUUCCCAAGUAUAUGUAGGCCUGGGCAGCCAAUGAAUUGGCCAGUUGGUGGCCAUUUGAUUUGGAUUAUACUAAGAAGAGCAUUUGAAAAUGAUUAUCCUAGGUUCUUAGGAUAGAAGCCCCAUUGAGGCUUGAGGUCUGUGUGCAGUAUUAUCCAUCUUAAGAUUAUCUCUGGCUGUAAAUUUCUGCAUCUACUCUAGCCAAUAGUCCAUGUUGCUUAGACAUGCUUGGCCAUAAACAGCCAUUUGGAUCCUGCUCCCAAAUUCUCUUCUCCUCACAAUGCUUUGCUUGUGAGAGGAUCUGCAUUCAUUUUUCUGCUGUUGUUGGCUGUUUUUGCUACAUGGAACUGUAGGCUUCUAAAUACCCUGGAAGAGCACAGGGCAUAGAGGAGCCAUUUUGUAGCAUUGCUAUUGAAUAUUAACUUGCCCCACUGUUUCUUCACACAACUUUCCCCACACAAUUUCGGACUGACCCUAGUUGAGAUUGGCUGUUCUUUCCCCCUCAAUCAUGCAUGUGCAAUUUUGAAAGGGUGCAGUAGAAUUCGAAUGUGUGGUAAACAUUGGGCAGCUUUAGCAGCCAUCUUGCCCAGUCUGGCUUCUCCAUCCUUUCUUCCUCUGAAGGCAGAGCAAUUAUUUGUGGGUUUCUCGCCCUAUUUCUGAGCUCUUGGUAGUUCCCUGAGAUAUUCUGGGUCCUGUCCUUGUACACCUGUCUUCCUCUCUUCCCUUUCCUCAAUCAUUUGUGCAUGAGCAUAAGUUGCCAUAUCACAUCACAGUUCUGUUUUCCUCCAUGUGAAUUUUUGUUGUUAUCAGUGAUGGCUAGGUUUACAGCGACAUGGUAGCCAUCCUAGCCGCUCCUAUAGUUUAAGGCUAAGUAGGGAACCUUUGGCCUUCCAGAUGUUGCUGAACUACAACUCCCAUCAGUCCCAGCAAGCAUGACUAGUGACCUGGGAUUAUGGGAGUUGUAGUUCAGCAUCAUCUGGAGGGCUAAAGGUUCCUGACAUCCACUUUAAAGCUUCCUUCUCUCAGCUCCCCACAAAAGCCAGUUCUUCCUUUUGACAAGAGGAGAUAGAGGUGACUGAUGAAGGAGACUGUGGAGGUGGGAUUUGGCGGCCAUCUUAGAAAAACCCCAUUAAAGCCCUGAAGUGACUUGGCAGCUGUAUUGGAGCAAACCAACGUCAGGUGACCUGCCCCAGGUUUUCAUAUAUUGAGCCAAACUAGAUUAUUAUUUGCUAGAAACUUCCCUCAUCCAAAUGGUGCGGUGGGGCAGAGGGACACACAGGAGCUGAGGGUAAUUAUUGCUUCUGUGGAUUGUCGCACGCCGUCUCCUGCCGGAUGGGGAGCAGUUGUUACCUUGCCAUGUCCUCUCCUCUCCUUCGCAGCGUCACUGCCACACCCUCACAACCCCCAGUGGCGUAUAAUUUGUAUGUAGGUUUUUAAAAAUUAAGACUUGGUGCAAUAAGACACCCCCCUCUCUCCACGGAGUGGGAGUUGCUGUAAUAAAGAAAACUGUGUAACCAGCUGAUUGUGUGUGUUUUUAAUUUGUUUUUAUAUAAGGAUCUUGAAGAAUAGCUGGGUUGUUGGGGGCGGGUUGCUCAGCCACGGUUCCUAGCUCUGAAUUUAACUGCAUUCUGAAAGGGUUGAGAGAGUCAAUAUGGUCAAGGGCUCACAGUGCUCUGUAUGUUAAGAUUUGGUCCUGGAUCCUAAUCUCACGGAUGAGGUUGAUCAAAUUGCACACUCUUGAUCAUGUGGGCAGUUGGAGCCUUUGGGAAGGAGGCAGGAGGCUCUCAAAUGCUGCCAGAGUCUCGUCCCUCCUUCACAAAGCCCAGUGCCUCCUUACCUGGCUUUGGGAAGGCAGCGCAAGGGCU